GACGGCACAAGUUAGCACAGAGAGAGACAGGCGCUCUCAUCAGUGACGGACUCACCGGCAGCGUGGACAGAGCUGUGGCGCAGGCAGAGGAGGAGAAGAGGUGACACAGGGAGGAAAAGCUGCCUGUAAACUGGAGGAAACCACAGGAGAGAGAGGGAGGCGGGAUAAACAGAGUGAUCACAGAGGAGAGAGAAGUCAUUCAGAGCAGGGAGAAGGAGAACGCUGGUAAAAUCAGACAAGGACCCAGACUGAGGAAAGCGCACGGAGAAGCCUUUCCUGACGGAGGGAGAAGCCGGAGUGUGUGUGCAAAGUGGGAAAGAAGGAGUAUGAAAAGAGGAGGAGAGUGAACCUGACCAAAGGCUUGCCUGACACAACAGAAGAGGAGGAGGAGCAUGAGGGCAAGUUGAUAGAUUUGAUUUGAAGAGAUUAUUUUUAGAAAGAGGAUCGAGGACAUGACAGGAAUACUAAGAUGAGAGAUGCACUGUCUAAGUCACGGAGAAAAACUAUGGAGGAAGAAACCAGGAGACGGAGAAAAGGCGGUGAGAGAUGUUGAGAUCAGUGUCACUGAGUGGAUUAGCCUCGCUCAGAUUUUUUGUAGAAAACCUCUUUGCAUGUCCGUGAAUAUGCAUGAAUGCCCUCUUUUAAAUGUGAAAGCAUGUUGUGGGUUUCCAACUGUGACGAUGGGGUUGAGAGGCAGAUCAAAAACUACUUGGAGGACCCCUGAAGAAGCUAAUAAAACCGGCCAAAGCUGAGCACGAGGAGAGAGUCGGAGCAUCCAAAGUGAGAAUGCACAGAGAGACUGAAAGCAAACAGGCUUUGAAUAUCUUUUAUGUAUUAGAGCUUGUGCUGAUUUCAGGAAAGGAUUGAUAAUAAUCUCUGGCUGUACACGUCUGAAAGCCUGAAGGGCUUUGGAGAACUAAGCUACAACUCCACAAAAAAGGGAAAAGAUGGAACAAGAAAAUCUCUGCUAGGACCGACACAACCACACCAACCAAUCCAUCACCCCUGUCAUCUCAUUAUUUUAAUUAUCUUCCCUUCCCACAUUUGUUUUUGUCCUUCCUGCUUAGCCUUUGGUAUUUUUAUUCUGCUCCCUUCUUUCUCUGUCUCCUCUUAAUCUUAUUCUUCCCUUUGCUCUCUCUGUCUUAUCGUUUCUUGUUCACUGUCACACUCACUGCCAUGGAUGCUGGACUCGCUCAUGUAGAAGACACCUUGCUUAGAGCACAUUUGCCUCUCUGGUUUAUCUCUUCUUCCCCUGCUGAGUUGAAUGAUUGGAGCAAUUUUCAGACUGAGACUAGCAAUGAGGACCAACAAGUAGCUGCUGCUGCUGCUGCUGUGUGAUGGACAACUUUAAACCACACAACAAUCUGAGUACUUUUUGAUGUGCACACAAUAUUGUUGUGAUUGAGUGCAUGGAUAGAUAAAGGUUAUAUAGUGGAUUUCUCCUGGAGCUACAUGUUGGCCCCUGUCCCUGAGGCCUGGCCAGGAAAUGACGCCUCUCCUGCGGUUGUAGGAGCGUUGUGGGCAGCGAUGACCCUGCAGGGGCACUGUCUCCAGAGGGGUUCCCCAGCCAUGAUCAGAAAGGCUCGCAAGCGACGUCUCACGAAACCAACUCUGGCUCAGGUCACAUCCACUCUGUUGUCAAGGACACGUCUACACGGCCUGCGGCAUGUUUGUGUCCCUGGAGGUUCUGUUGGCCGCCGGGCGUUCUGGCUGCUGGCCCUCUGCACCUCCCUGGGGUUGCUGUUAUCCUGGUCCUCUAACCGACUCCUCCUUUGGCUGUCCUUUCCCACGUACACACGGGUCCACACCGAAUGGGCCAAAGAACUUGCCUUUCCCGCUGUCACUAUUUGCAACAACAACCCAAUUCGCCUCUACAAACUCACAAAGAGCGACCUGUACUUUGCUGGCCACUGGCUUGGCCUGCUGCUGGCUAACCGGACAGUAAGACCUAUGGUUCUGGACUUGAUGCAAGAGGACCAUCUGGCCUGGUUCAGGAAACUCUCAGACUUCAGGCUCUUUCUGCCACCCAGAAACUUUGAGGGAACCAACCUGGAGUUUAUGGACAGACUGAGCCACCAGCUGGAUGAAAUGCUUCUGUCAUGCAAAUACAAGGGAGAGCCCUGUGGAGCGCACAACUUCUCCUCCGUGUUCACCAGGUAUGGAAAGUGCUACAUGUUCAAUGCGGCAGAGGAGGGGAAGACGCUGCGCACCACCAUGAAAGGAGGGACGGGGAACGGCCUGGAGAUCAUGCUGGACAUCCAGCAGGAUGAGUACCUGCCAGUCUGGGGGGACACAGAAGACACGGCGUUCGAGGCGGGCGUGCGGGUGCAGAUCCACAGCCAGGCGGAGCCCCCAUUUGUUCACGAACUUGGCUUUGGCGUGGCCCCUGGCUUCCAGACCUUCGUGGCCACUCAGGAGCAGAGGUUGACCUACCUGCCUCCCCCGUGGGGAGAGUGCGAGUCCAAAGCUCUGGAGUCGGGCUUCUUUCAGGUCUACAGCGUAACGGCCUGCAGAAUCGACUGUGAAACUCGCUACAUUGUGGAGAACUGCAACUGCAGGAUGGUGCACAUGCCAGGUGACGCCUCCUACUGCACCCCUGAGCAGUAUAAAGACUGCGCUGAGCCCGCCUUGGCCAAACUGUCGGCUGUGGAGAGCAGCAGCUGCAUGUGCAGGACGCCGUGCAACAUGACCCGCUACAACAAGGAGCUGUCCAUGGUCAAGAUCCCCAGCAAGACGUCGGCGCGCUACCUGCAGAAGAAGUUCAACAAGUCAGAGAAGUACAUCUCAGACAACAUCUUGGUGCUGGAUGUGUUCUUUGAAGCUCUGAACUACGAGACCAUCGAGCAGAAAAAAGCCUACGAGGUGGCAGGAUUACUGGGUGACAUUGGAGGACAGAUGGGUUUGUUCAUCGGAGCCAGCAUCCUCACCAUCUUAGAGCUGUUUGACUACGCCUAUGAGGUGGUGAAGGACAGACUACUGGACUUACUCAGCAGAGAGGAGGAAGAUGAGAGUCAUGCUGAGGAAGUGAGCUCCUGUGACCCGGUGGCAAACCACUCAGAAUCCAUCAGCCACACGGUGACGGUCCCCCUCCAGACGACGCUGGGCACCCUGGAGGAAAUUGCCUGCUGAAGCCCGCCCCCUUCCUCCCCUUCAGAGCCACACAUACCCAGCAGCGAAGAGAAGUCCGCCUCCACCGGGUUUUACUACAGAUCCCUGUUGUAGCAUCCUGCAAAAAUCUUAACUGCAGGGCGGGGAGGAGGCAGCGGGACUGAGGCUCCGUCACAGCCCUCUGUCUGAGGCACUAAUGGGGAUUAAGGAGUUGUCAGCUGGAUUUCUCAGCUUUUUUCUCUCACCUUGGACCGUAGUGAGGGACGGGGAGCCUCCGCUGUGCCGGCCCUUCGACGGGGUUUCCACAUAUAUGCACAAAGAAUAUCAAAGACCGUGUGGGACGCAUCCCUACUGAGGGGUCUAAUUCUUCUGCAGUAUAUCUAUGUAAAAAUCAAACAAAGAAAUGUUGACAUGUUGCUCACUGCCAAAAUAGCUGUUCAAAACUGUUCUCCAAACUGCAUGUGUUGAUCUCUCUUGCUCUCUUUGCUGAUACGUAGGCUGGACUUGCAGCUUUACAGUACAUGUGUGCCAUUUUGUCUUUCUACCUGCAGGAAGGUCCUGUGCUAAAGGCCCAGGUGAAGAAUCAACCUUUGAAUGUACAGAUUGAACAGACGGUUGUCAAAGUCACCAGUCAUCAUUUCAGUACUGUAAGAGAAUAAUAUUGGUUUGGUUUGAGAAGAGAAUAUAGGCUUUACUUUUUCCCCCCCCAACAGAAAACAGUCAGAUAUGAAUAUUUUUCUGUUUCGUUCUCUUGCUGGUUGGUUUUCACAGCUGGCAGGUUUGCUGUGUGACUCCUGUAGCAUUAAGUUUUUAUUUACACACCUCACUGAAGGUAUGUCAGACUCCAACUAUGAAUUACCAACUCCUGGCUGCCGCAUCUCAUCGGAGCACUCAGCUAAUUGACACCGAGUCUAAAUUAUUAGCUUGCCAAACAAGGAGUUAUGUACACAGCUAGAUUGUUUGGGCAUUAUUUGAUUAACAGAGUGUCAGGGUGAUGCUUAAGGUUGACUAUUAUUAUGUCCCUUUAUUUUUAUCCUCAACCAAAAGAUGAAAAUCACAAGCUUGAUCAUUUAAAUCUGUAUAAAACUUCAACAGAAGCACCAUGAGGAGGCGGGAUGACUUAAUCCGGUGGGUUUGCUGCGUGAGCUGUAAAUACGUUUUUAUUUUUGUCCUUUUGAAACGGGUACCCAGCAAACACACCUGACGCAGAUCGGAAACAGCUUUGGCUCCAGGUGAAGAGGCAUGGUCGAGCUUUUGGUGGUUCCGCUCAGUUCUCGGCGUGAUCUGCGCUUCGGAUUGGCUGGAUGUGUGGAAACAAAGGCGGCGCUCUGCUGCGAGCAUCACUCGUCCUCCUCAGCUGGAUCCCUCAGAGAUUACCAAUGGCUCUACACCAAAAGCUCAUUUGAGACUGUUUGGAAGAUUUAGUGAAUCAGAAUUUUCUAUUUCCAGUCCGUGAUCAUCCUAGCAUGGUCUCCGUCAUCAGAAUUAGCGCGCGCUGCAGGUAGGAAUGAAUUCAAGUGCUUUGUGAGAGUUUGAAUUAUGAUUUCCCAUCUGUGUGGCGUAGCCUGCUGUCUCUGUGUUCUCUCUCAUGUCGUGGCUUCUGGCGAACACGGUGCUCUGGGGGAACGCGACACUGAUGCUUCUUGCCGUGGCAACAACACUGGCUGUUUCCUCUCUUCUUCUUUGGCUUAAGUUGUUACUGCAGGACGGCGAUUUUCUCAUUGUGUGACGCAGCAUACAGUGUGUGUUUUUAAUGUGAAAUGAUUAAAUGAAAAAACAUGUUUUACAGUC